AUGAAAAUGCGCUUGUACGAUCAGAUGUUUAAGCGUGUUUAUUACCUGUCGCUGGAGUUUUACAUGGGUCGAACAUUAUCCAAUACGAUGAUGAACAUUGGCGUGCAGGCUGCUGUCGAUGAAGCAUUAUAUCAGGCAUGCUUUUUAAAAUGUUUCCAACAAAGGUUUCAGCUUGGUCUUGAUAUCGAAGAGUUGCAAGAAAUUGAGGAAGACGCUGGGCUUGGAAAUGGUGGGCUUGGGCGACUUGCGGCUUGUUUUUUGGAUUCGAUGGCAACUCUGGGUAUCGCUGCUUAUGGAUAUGGAUUACGUUAUGAGUAUGGUAUUUUCAAGCAGCUUGUCAAAGACGGAUGGCAAGUUGAAGAGCCGGAUGAUUGGCUUCGAUUUGGUAAUCCGUGGGAAAAAUCACGCCCUGAAUACAUGCUGCCUGUUAAUUUUUAUGGCAAAGUCGAAAAGGACGCGAACGGUAAGGUAAGGAAAUGUACUUUAUUUUUUCUGAAUCAUUUUUUUUUUUUGCCAAAUCCAUCUGUGAGGAUAUCACUUAAAGAGUAG